AUGUCGCACUCGGAUAUGAACCCGCUCGAGAGGGAUGAUGUGUUUCACCUGUUUGACGCCACCUCUCCAGUGGCCUCCGCAUCUGUCGCGGUGGACGGUGGAAGCGAUGCGGGCGCCGCACCCAUCACAGAGAUACAGUACACCGCGCUCCUGUACAUGAUGGCAGCGCAGCUGGGCAUCUCACACGCCGAGGCAGAACACUUGUUUCCAUCCUACAAGCACGCGCCGCUGAGUGUGCAGGCAUCGGCCGCCUCUGUCGACACCAAGUCAUCACAGCUCCCUCCCCUCUGCGCCCACCUCUUGCGGGAAGGCGCCGCGGCGUAUUGCUGGGCUAAAGCUGACGCCCACACCAUCCCCGAUGUACGCUGCUGCGAUGCCCGGGAGGUGCACAAGCAGGAGGUGUUUCCGGCGCUCGAUCACGGCCCACAUGUACACUGUCUUCGCUGCUUCCAGCAGAGCAUUGAAAGGGCGCCGCCGCCUGGGCCAGGGGUGUCACCACCAGUCGUCGUUGACUACCGCGACGCCGGAAGCCUGCGGGCGCACCUUGAGGAGCAUCGGACGCGCUACGCGACGUGCCUGCGCAUCCUGGAAGACAGCAGCAGCAGCGACUGUGGCGCAGCGCAUGAUAUGCUCUCUGAAAACCUUGCAGUGUGCGAGGUGGCAGCCGAAGAGGCAAGCCGCCAUGUUUGCUUCAUGGCUUCGCUGGGAACGGUGGCUUGUCCUCUGGUCGUCUUCUGCGCCGAGUGCGACUCCUUUGCCCCGCUGGUGCACUUUCACGGCGUGAGCGGUGCAGGCCCAAAUGUGGCUGAUGCCUGGGUGUCCACGGAAGGCACCGACACGGUGCUGAGUCGGCUCCUGCUGGGCUGCCAUGUGCUGUACAUGUUCGAUGAAACGCGGUUUGGCCGGCAGCGACGCAGUGCUCGACGUGUGGGUCGGAACUCGGCCACCCAUGCCACACGCAGCACACAGCACCUCCUCUACAUGUUCAAACCCCUUCUUUUCUCCAUGGCGACGGAGGAUCGUUUGAUAGAAGAGUUCGAGUCCGGCGCAGAAUGCACGUAUGCCGCGGUGGUACUUCCGAAUGCAAGCGUGGCUGGUGAUCCCCCUCAGCUGCUCCUGCGAGAAGACACGGAAGGGGAGGGGUCAGACGCAGCGCCGGCGCAACCGUGCUUCUCUCCGGUGGUGAUUGGGUUCGCAAAGGAAUGGGCGACAGCGGAGCUUCUGGAGAAAAAGGUCGCAAUGGUGUUCGAGCACUCCAGCAGAGCAUCGGCUGUCGACUCACAGGAAGGCGGAGAGCCGUCCUCCUGCUCGUCCGACCCAUCAUCGCCUACGCCGCCGGCCUUCCGCGUUACGACGCGGAUGGUGUACAUUGUGGAUACGGGGGAGUGGGCGGUAGCGCACGUCCUCUACCACCGCCUCCUGCCGGCUAACACUGAGCUGCCGCUGAGCUACGUAGACAAGGCGGAUGACGGGAUUCGCGUGCAGGAUGUGUACGAGGUGGAUGUGCCGAUGCCGGCGUGGACCAAUGACUCCAUUAGUGAGAGCGAGGCGAGCGCGGCCGUCGAAUCAAGCGGCGAAGGCGGGGAGGAAGCGGAGGAGGGCAGCGACGACGCGGUGGCGAUGGCGGCGCUUGCCAUGGAUGGAUGUCCCUACUCCAUGGAGUCGUGCACCAUCGACUUCUUCACGCGCAUGACAGUGCUGGCCAAGGCGAUGCACGAGCUGCGUACGUGGCGGCUUACGAUUGACGAGAACAAGAAUCUAUCGCUGCUUUAA